ACAGGCUGCACGUCGAGUUACGACACUUCACGUGUAAAUGCCGAUCGCUCCGUGGAGGGCAGUGACGCUUCCGGCCGGAGGCGUGGAAUAACUUACUAUCCCGAAGUAAGUGAGGACUUCGUCAAGCGAACAUGGCGUCACUGGCGGGUGAUCCCCGUGCCACCACGGAGCCCUCUGCCUACCAGAGAGUGCCACCGCUGCUCACGGACCUGUACCAGUUCACCAUGGCGUACGCGUACUGGCGAGCGGGCAGGGACACGCAACACGCCGUGUUCGAGAUCUUUUUCCGGGACAAUCCGUUCGACGGAGGAUUCACACUGUUCGCAGGGCUGAGCGACUGUUUGCAGUUUCUGCGCGACUUUCGUUUCACGGAUGAAGAUGUGGAGUAUCUGCGUAGUGUGCUACCCUCAAACACACACCCAGACUUCUUCACCUACCUCAAAGGGAUCGACUCGUCCGCUGUGUCGGUCAAUGCAGUAGCUGAGGGGACCGUUGUUUUUGCCAGGGUUCCUCUUAUGGAGGUGUCUGGUCCACUUGCUGUUGUUCAGCUGCUGGAAACCAGUCUUCUUUGUCUGGUCAACUAUGCCAGUCUGGUGUGCACCAAUGCUGCACGGUUUCGUCUAGCUGCAGGACCCAGGAGGCGACUCAUGGAGAUGGGGUUGAGGAGAGCUCAAGGACCCGAUGGAGGCCUGACUGCUUCUCGCUACACAUAUAUUGGAGGUUUUGACUUAACAAGCAAUGCUCUGGCUGGGCGUCUUUUUGGAAUUCCAGUGGCAGGGACUAUUGCACAUUCUUAUGUCACAUCCUUCUCCUCUCUCGAGGAGGUGUGUCCACGGACUCUGGCGCCCUCAAGAGGUGGUGACCCUGUUGAACUUGUGCCUUUGGUAAAGGACUGGUUAGGACGUGUGUGUCAGUUGCUAGGAGCUGAGCCACAGCAUGUGCGUGAGGGAGAACUUGCUGCUUUCCUGUCCUAUGCGAUUGCUUAUCCUUGCAACUUCCUUCCCGUGAUUGACAGCUACAGUGUCAGCAGUAGUGGCCUGCCCUGUUUCUGUGCCGUUGCCCUGGCGCUUUGUCAGUUGCAGUACCAGCCUCUGGGUAUAAGGCUGGAUAGUGGAGAUCUCUGUAGGCAAUCUCUGGAAGUGUAUAAUGUUUUCAAACGGUGCAGCAAGCACUUUUCAGUUCCUGCAUUUGAAUCACUCAUCAUUGUUGGUUCGAACAGUUUGUCUGAAAAAAGGCUUUCUGAACUCAACAAGAUAGAUAAUGAGAUAGACGUACUGGGUAUCGGAACUCACCUUGUUACGUGCACAAGUCAACCCUCACUCGGUUGUGUGUAUAAGUUGGUAGAGGUUGGAGGUCAGCCUAGGAUGAAGCUGAGUGAGGACCCAGAGAAAAGCACACUGCCAGGCAGAAAGGCAGUCUACAGACUCAUGGAUACUGAUGGUCAUCCUCAAAUGGAUCUCAUAUGCCUAUCAGCCGAGCCUGCCCCAAAGGUGGGAGUGCCCCUAAACUGUCACUCUUUAGGACAAGAUAAGGCUGUCCAAUCAAUCACACCUGCCCAUGUAACAAGCCUGCGAUUAGAUGUCUUCUCCCAUGGAGAGAUUUUGCUUCCCCUGAGCAGCGCUCUUGAGAGUCGUCUGCAUGCACAGACCUCCAUCCAGGCUUUGUACAGCCAUCACAAAAAACUAGAGAAUCCAGAGUCUUAUACAGUGGCGGUGUCAGAGAAAAUUUAUUCUCUUGUACAUGACAUCAGAAGAGGAAACAGCUAACAUAGUGAUUACUUUUUCUUCAAUUGAGCCAGCAAGCUUUACCGUUGACAGAGACAUUUUUUUAUUGCUCAUCUUUUCACAGUUGUAUUUUCCUACUAACAUGAAUGUGUGCAUAUGUAUGUUUUAUGAAUAAGUUGAACAUUUUUAUUAUUCGAUUAAGGAUACCAUUAUGCUAGUAAGAAAACAGUGACCUCUCUUUUUUUUUUUUUUUUUUUUUUGCAUUUGACUACUACAAACCAAGUCCCCCAGUACAGGUUACCCCAGUUUCUUCUGGUGAAUAUGAUAUCGCAUCAGCUUUCUCACUGCUGAUAAGAUUUUAGACAGUGACCUUUCGUUGCUGUUAUCAUAUUUUAUAUAGUAAUGACUGGAAGUCACAUGUAUUUCCUUUAUUUGUUGUGGACAACUAGUUUUUUUUGUGGACCAGUAGCUGGCUGCGAACACAAUCAUCUAAAUGUGAAUUUACUUGAAUACUUGAAUCUUUACAGUACAGGCAAUACCAGAAAAAAGUACUCAUAUACAGUCUAACUGACCAACUCGGAAAAAUUUUUUUCUGAGCUCAAAAAAUACACAUAAGCACCAUCUGGUGGCCUUUCUAGUACACAUGCUGCUGACCAAUAAAUUACAUAUACAUGUACAGUUUCAGACAUGUUUUAGUUAUCUAGAAAAAUUGGUUUUGGUGUCUUUCGGGUUUACUCUGUCUCUGUAUUUAACGGUGGCUUAGUGCUUACAACUGUCACUUCGCACCCCCAUGGUCUGGGUUAGAUACCUGGCUUUGGGUCUGUGUUUGUGGAGUUUGCAUGUUCUUCCUGUACUUUGUGGGUUUCCUCCAGGUACUUUAGUUUUCUCCCACAGUCCAAAGACAUGAUUUGCGUUCCCAAAUUGCCCAUAGUGCGUGAAUAACUGUGCAUGUAUGUUUGCCCUGCGAUGAAUUGGUACCCCCAUCUAGGGUGUACCCUGCCUCAUGCCCAAAGUCUCCUGGGAUAGGCUUCAGGCCUCAUGUAACCCUGCAUAUAGGAUAAGGCGGUAUAGACAAUGAGUGAGUGAGAGUGAGUGACCUUUGAGUUUAGUUAUCCCUAAGUAAACACCCAAGGGGAUAAAACGCUUUCAUCAGCGAAACGCAGAUAACAGGAGCCACCAUGGGAACAGGAGAAAAAGGCCCAUAACUCUCCCCAGUCACGUGUUCUGCAUAUGAUCUCAUUAAUAUUCAUUUAUUAAUUUAUUUAUCGCUUAUCCUGUUCAUUAUUGUGGAAAACCUGUAGCCUAUACCAGGAGACUAUGACCAGGUUUACGAUACACACACUUAUGUUGAACCCUAUAGUGCACAGGAAAAGCAGUCUAUGAAUGAAUAUUAAUAUUGUUUUAUGCAUCAUCUUAUUAAUGCAGGUGUAAAAACAAGCACAAAACUGGCUUGGUAGCAACUCCAACAUUUUUGCAACCCAAUAUUAAAAAUUCCUAAUACGUUUGUCCAAUUACUUUUGAUUCUGUGAAAAUUUGAGGGACUGAGUAAAAAAAUGUCUGAAAUUUCUACAUAGUUAAUACAAUAUUUUUGUUAAUCACUCUUUAAUUACAAUGGAAAAUUCAAUCACAUCUUGACUGCUUUGUUCUAAAACACUAAUCCCACUCUCUAAGUAACUUUCAUAUUUUAAAGUUCUCUAGUUUCUUGCUUUAUUUCUGUUAACCUCACAAUAGAAAAUGUCCCUUUGUCUACAAAUAGAGUCGAGAUUUUUUUUACCUGUGUUUUAAAAGUAACAAUUCACGAUUGAGCUCGAUAUUUUCUCAAACACACCUUGGAUUCUUGCAGUUUAUCAUUUACAUACAAAUUGUCUUCAUACGUACAUGCAACAUUUUAAAUCUUGCAAUAUGUAAAAGAAAUUAAAAGAAUGGCUUGGUGAAGGAACUGAUGUUUAUCUUGGAUUUGUUGAAAUAUAAUGGUAUAAUUGUGUACUGGUAUAAAUGUAAUGGUAUAAUUGUGUACUUCUAACAAAUAUUAGAUGUCUUAAAAUGGAUCAAGGACAUUUCCUUAAACCGAAUGUAAGGUGUACUUUGAGAUCAUCUG